AUGGACAACAUCGAUUCUACGGCAGGCAUGGCUGAACCACAGGACAGCUUUGAUAUUGAUAUGGAGAUGGAUGUGGAUGAGGAGACGCUCACCUAUGAUGAGCAGGCCGCGCUCAACAAUGCGCAGGCUCAGCAGGCUGAUCCAGCAGCGCAAGAAGUGCUCGGGAGUGUGCAGAGCAGGAUCGACAACUACUAUAAUACGAACGCUGGAGAUGCACAAGCUGACCCGAACGAAAUACGCAAGGAAGCCAUCCACUUGAGAGGUGUCGAUGAACUUUCCACUGAUGCAAUCACGGAUUGGGCAAACGGGAAUGCUCCCUUGGCGCCGCUUAAGAAAGUCGAAUGGGUGAACGACAGCUCUUGUAACCUCAUCUACCUCGAUGGACAAACCGCCGCCGCUGCACUGGCUGCUUUCACCGUGCAGGCUGCCCAGACACCAGCAGACCCUACCGUGCUCCGUGACGUGAAAGACAAUGAGAAGGACGGAAAAAUCACGAAGCUGCAAGCGCGUAUUGCUCGGGUCGGUGACAAGAAGGUACCGAAAGCGAGGGAGCAAAGUCGGUACUACCUCUUCAACCCACCAAAGGAAGAGUUGGACCGCGACAGGAACGGGGAAAGACGUCCGAGAGGUGGUCACAGGGAGAAUAGUUACAGAAGAAGGGAUUACAGCCGUGAUAGACGGUAUUCCAAAUCUCGGUCAGGGAGCAGGGGAGAGUACAGGCGCCGGGGUCGUUCGAGGUCACGUUCACCGGACGCUUAUGCCAGGACAUACAGCCGGUCACGGAGCCCAGGAAGGAGGUAUGGGCGGGAUAGAUCCAGGAGGCGCGGUGCUGAUGACGACCUCUUCCCGGAGAAGGCUGCAAGACGCGAUGAUGGUGACCUCUUCCCCAGCAAAGUCCGCGCAGCGGCCGGUGGUAACGACGAUUUGUUCCCCGCAAAGGUCUCUGUUUCAGCGCAUUCGCGUGGACGUGGAGGUGACUUGUUCCCUGAGAAGGUUACCAGCGGUCGCUUAGCAUCCGACUCCCUCCUUCAGAGCGGACGCGGCACAACUCUUGCUGACCGUCUUGCACCCUCUGGCCGCUCCCUGGCUGACCGUUUGGGCCCUUCGACAAGUAGCUUAGCGGACAGGCUGGGACCCGCAAACGAUGCUGGAAGACUGACCAGGUCUGAGGGCGAUGAUCUCUUUCCGGAGAAAGUGGUCGGAAAGCAAGGUGGCAGAAUGAUAGGCUCGGACGGUGCCGCACCUUCUGGUGGCAGGAGACAGAAUAGGAGGAGGGCUGAGGAUAUGAUGUAA